ACCAACCAUAGAAAACCCGAGAUACUACAGAAACAUAGACGAAGAAGAUAUAGAAAUAUCUCAAGAACAAGAAAAAUACGAAUUUCAAGAAAACAAAGUACCCAAUACGACCCUGAUGACUUCCACGAGUCAAAAUUCAACUACUAUAAUACCUUCAGAACAAGAAGUGGAAAACUUAUCAUCUACCUUUCUACAAGAACUUAUUGAAAUAGACAACAAAUCCAUAAUUAUAUAUGGAAAAAUACCAAGACCAUAUAACCCAAUCUACAAUAAAAAAGUACUCAAUAGAGUAAUAAACCCGCCAGACACUGAAAUAGUACAAAAUAUUCGGCAUAGACAUAACCAGUUACAACAAAUAAUCAAAACUAUAAAACUAAUUGAAAUACCUUUACUAGAAGAAGAAGGACUGACACUCCAAAACGCAUAUGAAAAUAACAAAUACUUAAAUAUCCUGAAACUCCAAAAAGAAUUAUCAGAAUUAGAAAUAAUACAAGAAGGACCUGAUCGAUACUUAUACAAUAGAAGAUACCCAUCAGACAAUAGUGACAAAACAAUAGAAGCUGAAAUAAAAAUUAAAGAAGAAAUAUUAAGAACAAACAAACCUAAAAGACAAAGAUACGACUCAGUAUACUAUACCAAAGAAUCGAAAUUACAACAACAAGUAGAAAAAAUCAUAAACUAUUAUAAAACUCAAAGAAAUUUAUACGCUCAACAAUUUAGAAUAAAUAAUAACACUUACUUAACAAUAGAUAAUUUAGAAGAAUCUAUUGAAGUAUUUAAUUUCACAAAAAGAAUUAUUAGAAUACAAGAAAAACAGAAAGUCACAUUCGAUGAGAUUUAUACAAAACAAGAAAAUAAAGAUCAUGCUCACACACGAUAUCUAGAAGAAAUAUUAUUAGAAGAACUAAAAAACAUAUUCAAAGAACAAAUACCUGAAAUAACAAAAGGAUAUAUAACUGAAAUAGACACAAUAUACCACAACAAGGAAUACCACCAUCUCACGACCUUUGAAAUGGAAAAACAUCAAAAUACAAUCCAACCUGGAAGAACUAUUAAAUUUGCACAAAUAGCAAUAUUUGAUUGGAAUAGCCAAGAAAUACCAGUAAUAUAUUUAUCCCAAAGGAUAAAUCCUGGCAAAAAGUAUUACUCCUGGUAUAACCUACUCGGAGGAAAACAAGAUAACCCUAAUAAAAUGUUUGAAGAAAUAAUAAUACGAGAAACCCUUGAAGAAACUGGAAUAAUACUUUACCAAGAAAAACUACUAGAACAUGACAAAGAAAAAGAACUAGACUCAGAAGACGAAUCACAAUUCGAAGGACUCAACUUACCAAAAUUAACAUACGAGCAAGUAGAUCAUUUAAUACAUAGACAAUACGAAACAAUAACCCCUAAAGAUAUUUACCAAUUAAAAAAUUAUAAAAAAGAACUCGUAAAAGAAGUAUCUAAACUCAACAAUAUCAAACAUAGAGUAGAACAAAAAAUUAGAAAUUAUUCUAAAAGAAGAUAUACCAUAAUAUUUGACAAACUACAACAACCCUCAAUAGCCGCAACAUUAGGACCCAUACCAACGCUAAAACAAUUAUUUAACAUGCCCUUAGUGUACGACAAAAUAAAAUUUCAAACAUUCAGAUUUAGAAUCGUACAAGAUGAAAACUCUAUUAACCAAAUAUUCGGCGUAAUCAAAGUGCGACCAUUGACAAACUCAAAAUAUAUUUGCCAAGCAACAAUAGAAGAUUUAGUCACAAUGUACCCAAAUUAUGUACUGAUGUAA